CGAUCCAGGAAACCGAAAAAUUUUUUGGAAACAACCAAAAGGUAAAUUUAAUUGUGUUGUCAGUUAGUGAGUGAGAGAAUCUUGAAGGAAAUGAGACUAUUAUUAAGAGAUGAAUAAGAAAGUCAACUUAACCAAAGAUUUCGAAAUUUUUCACCUGAUUAGCUCUUCCGUAACGUUUCCUGGUUUGGAGGAGGUAUUUUUUAUUUUUAACUGCAAAAUUAAAGAAAAAAUAUCGGGGCGCAUUCUUUUAAGGAAUUUUGUUAGGAAUUUUCAAAAAAAAUAUGUAGGAUUUUUUUGGUUGAUCCAGAAUUUUAGUCAACAUAGUCAUUGUUAGGUGAAAAGAAGGGAAAGGGGAGAGACAGACUUGUUACUCUUUUAUUGAUUCUUUUCUCUCUCUCCAUACAACUACGUCUCUCUCUCUUUAUAAUCCAUACACAUUCCACUUUUUUAUUCACUGACACAGACUUUCUCUCUCUUCUCUAACAAGCACACCACAGCACUAAAAUUCUUUUGAAAUGCGGAGUGGGAAGAACAACACUACACAAAAUAAUAAAAAAAGCUCCGCCCCACAAAGCCCUAUAUAAACGAAGCGAUGGAGGCCCCAACUUUCAGACUUGCUUUCUUUCAUUUGGAAAAGAGAGCGCUUUGGCGACUGUGAAAGGCGCACAGCAAGCCUUACCAAACAGUCGUCUAAGUGCUUCACCAACCACACAUUUUUUUUCAG